AUGCCGUCACCGGACGCGGCGGCGAGGCACACGGGCGACGGCGUGGCGCGUCGGCAGGCCCACCACGAGCGGAUGCGCGACGAGCGCGCUCGGGAAGCCGCCGCGGGCGACGCGGAGCUUCCGCCGGAGGACGACGCGGUCGAGAUGGCGAGCGCCGUCCACGUGCUGGACAGCGUGGCGGAGGUGGGCCCGAACUACACUCUGCUGCGCAGCAAGGAGACGAAGGCGAAGCGGCGGAAGCGAAAGCGCGAGGAUGCCAGGGCGGCGCUCGACGGCCACACUGUCCUGUCCACCGGAUCGCGCCUCGAGAUCUUCUGCGACAGCGAGCGGUGGUACCCUGCGACCUACACAUGCAGACAUACUGGCUCGGUUUGGGUCCCCACCGAGUCGCAAGAGUGGGAGUUCGAAGCGAGCAAGAUCGUCCCGCCCGGCGUCUCUGCUUCUCGAAUACCAAAGCCAUCCUCGAAAGUUCCAUCGGCGAAGGACAGGCGCCGUUUCCAAGGCCGUCUUUCGGUGAUGCGACUGGCGUGCCGGUGA